CAUGCGCCACUCGAAAGGAGAGCUGUUGAGGUCGAAUUCAGUGUUGGUCGAAAAGAGGCAAAAUGCCUGCGGACUAUGAUAAAGGAGCAUAUCCGGAGCCUCCUCGUCAGACUCCGGUUGUGGACAAGCAGACAGCGCUGCCAAAUCCAGCUCUGAUCCUGUCUAAACUCUUCUAUUACUCCGUGGACCUGCCUGUCACCACAUUUAGAGGUGUUGUUGACAGCAUUCGGGGUAAAAACAAGUCUGUCUACUACCACCAGAAGUUCCGCCGUGUCCCUGACCUGACGGAGUGCCAGCACGGAGAUUAUCUCUGCUACUAUGAGGCCGAGAUGCAGUGGAGGAGAGACUACAAAGUGGACCAGGAGAUUGUGAGGGUGAUCCAGGAGCGUCUGAGGGCCUGCCAGCAGAGAGAAGGAAACAGCCAUGACCAGAACUGUGCCAAAGAAAUGCAACAGUUCAACGAGGUGACCAAGAACUUCCUGUCACGCUAUGGAGACCUGGGAGCGUACGGCAGUGGGAGGAAAUGUCUGAUGAAGCAAAAAGAACGGAUGAUGGCAGCUGAGGCCAAGAGUGCCUAGGAACAGUUCUCUAACUAUCUGUCCUGUGUAAUAAUUGUAAAAUAAAAUUUAUGUGAUAACUCA